AUCUAGAGGGGGCGGAGCUUGUGGAAAGCAACAGCUUGGAGUGAACGGAGGGUGAGUAGAGACUCGAACCCGCGGUUCUACUGAAUAAAGUCCAGUCUGACUGCUUCUGCGGACACUUCCCGGGUCUGUGGACGUUUCCAGCAGCUAACGGUGAUUUCUGCUUGGGGGCAGGGCCAUGCUGUGACGUCACAGUGCCCAGGCGUCCAAUGACAGCGCUCGGAUCAUGGCUGCGUGUGGGACACCACAACGAGCGGACCAAUGAGGCGGAAGAACAACCAUGACGUACCGGGACAGGGACAGGGACAGGGACAAGGACAGGGGGGGCGCAGCGGCGUUACCGCGGCAACGGGUGUCGGGGCGACAGGUGGCGGGGAGACAGGCGGUGUUACCGCGGCGACGCUGCCUGUCUUCCUGUUCCCCUCGGAGCUUCUCUUCUUCUCUGAACAGAGACGCUGCCACCGCAGAGUUCUCACUCUCUACAACCCUUACAGCUUCACCCUGGACUACAAGAUGUUGUGCACGUCUCCGUCUCUCUACCGAGUGCUGGAGGCCGAGGGCAGCGUCCGAGCCAAGUCUUGUGUCGACCUGGUGGUGCGCCACCUGGACGUGUCCCCGGCUAACUGCGGCCGCAGAGACCGGUUCCGCCUGGAGGUGAGAGGAGGAGGCCAGCGGGGGGGACGGGAGGUCUGGGCCGAGCUGAGAAGGGGGGAGGAGGGGGGAGGAGAGGGGGAGGAAGAGGAGGAGAGGAAGAGGAGGAGACCAGGAGGACAACAGCAGAGGGCGCUGCAGCUGCCGGUCCACACAGCUGUGCGUCCCAGUGUGUCUCAGUGGCUGCUGUGUGUGCUGCUGGCCCUGCUGUGUGUCGCAGUGUUGAUGCUCCCCCUCCACACUGACAGCGGCUCAAUGGUUCCACGCUGCCUGCACGUCUCCACCAAUCAGAAGCUGGCCUGUGCCUACACACUAGGUCUUCUCACCAUGGUGUUUCUACGGUGACAACACGCUGCCUCCGCUGUUUUGAUGGACAGCCUCAUGACCUCUGACACACACACACACACACACACACACACACCCAAAUGGAGCGCUGCAGCGGGGGAGAAAACUUUAUUUAAACUGGACCAGAGCCAGUCCAAGCUGUGGCUCGGGGCCCUGAAGAGGUCUUCAUCAUUGACAUUACAGGUCAUUUAGGCUUGUGUCAUAUCCACUGCUCCACCGUUCAUCAGCUAGGAAUCAAUAAAGUUUCUCUGGAAGGUAGACAGCGUGCAGCGGGAGGAGUUGGAGCUUUCUAAUAAAUGUGGUACGGGUUUUAAAAAGUUUCAAUAUUUUGGGGAAAAAUGUGAAAUAUUAAAAGACAAACAAUCUUAAUAUUUUGUUUUAAAAACUGUGAAAAUAAAGGUUUUUGUUUGUUUGAAUAACUUUAUUGACAUUCUUACAUCAGAGUUAAACAGGAGAAGAAUAUUAUAAACGUAAUAAUGUUCAUGAAUAUUUAUUCCACAAUCUUUUCUUUUUGGCAGUAAUCAGCUGCCGUAUUUCCAAAAUAAAAUACCUUCCUGUGAA